ACGUGGCUUGGCCAACUGCCAGCGGCACAAUUACAUGAUCUGGGCGUUAUUGGACACCAUCCGACCAGUGUCAGCCUCUCCGUUCGCUUUCGUGUCGUAAGUAGCAAUCAACGCCGAGGAACCACAGAAUUAGCGUCCGACGUGAUCUGGCUGAAUUCACGAAACCAUCUUCUACAGGAAGUCGCUCGGACGCUGCGUAACGUCAAGUCGGUGAUUGCCUCGAAAAUUCCGUAA